UUAUAAGUCAAGUUCGCAUGAUGAUGGCACGGUACAAACUCAAAAAUUUGAUUUUUCCUCACUCUCACGUCGCUCGUUUAAGUUUGCAUUAUCCCUCAGGCAACGGUCAACAUUCCAGCGGAAAUCCUCCAGUACCCAACAAAGCAACCCAACAGAAGCAUAACCUCGAAACCUCAAAUUCUCUCAAAAAUGGCCUCAAGACUCGUCCUCUUAUCGCUUCUCGGACUUUCCAUCGCCCAAACAACUACCCUGACCAUCCCUCUUUUCGAGGGCGACGCAGAAUCUCUUGACGCCUCCGUCGUAUCUGUUAGUCCCGGAGCCACCACACUUCAACUCGCCUGCCCUCAAGCGCAUCUGGACUGCGGACUGUUUCCCAAGCACAUUCUCGUAUUCGGCCCCUCAACCUACAAUGUCGAUAUGUCAGACCCCAAUACCGACUUCACGGCAACCCAGGACUGUGUAAUAGCGCCUAGUAGCGCAGUGUGCAAGGAGACUGCUGGUGGUAGCGAGGCAAACUUCCCUGGGUCUAGCACCACCACAUACGAGGCGAGUAGUAAUGGGGGUCUGGUGGUGACGGUUACGGCUGGAGUGGAAAAGCUGAAAGGGGGCGCGCAGAUGACUGCGACAGGUGGUGGGAGCAGUCCGACUGCGAGUGCGAGUACAGGGAGUGGAGCGAGCAAGACAACGGCGAGUGCCACACAAGCUACGGGCUCAAGCGUCGCGUCUGGAUCGGCGAGUGCAUCUCAAUCUUCGUCGACGCCAGCAUCAGCUUCGAAGGCUGCGGCUGCUGCCAAUGUUGCGCUGGGAGGCGGUCUUGUUGGCGCUGCAGCAGGUUUGCUCGGCAGCUUGUUGCUGUAGAGGGGAUUGGGUCUGUCCCUUUUAACCUAAGUAUCGGUCUUUCAAGAAACCGUAGGGUGCGACCAGCCCAAUGUAUUAUCCACCGUGUAUUGAAUAAGUUGAACAGACAAAAAAAACUUCGCAAGAGAUUGAGAUGUAGAUUUACCAUUGAACAAUUGAAUAGAGUGGGACACUGCCUUUUCAACUGCAGCGGUCAAGU